GUCCUCGUCAACGUCCUCGUCCUGAUCGCCAUGCCGCUCAUAAUCUGGGACAUGUACAAGCACGACAUGGAGACGCACUACGUCGCGUGGUUCGUCGCCGGCGUCUUCGUCCUCCUCGCCGUCCCGAUAACGUUCUACGAGGUAGCGCAGCACCUGGAGCACUACCACAUGCCGCGGCUGCAGCGAUACGUGAUUCGCAUCUUGUGGAUGGUGCCCAUAUACGCCGUGGACUGCUGGCUCGCGUUGCGUUUUAAAGAGCAGACCAUCUACUUCGACACGAUACGCGAGUGCUACGAGGCGUACGUGAUUUACAACUUCUAUAACUACUGCACGGUGUACCUGCAGGAGUUCACGACGACGGGGCUGGAGUCGAUCGUGAGCCGAAAGCCGCAGCAGCAGCACCUCGGGCCGCUGCGAUUUUUGCUCCCGGAGAUGCCGAAGAUGGGAGAGCCGUUUCUUCGGCUGUGCCGCCACGGGAUCAUCAACUACGUCGUCGUCCGGCCCAUCAUCUCCGCCGCGGAGGUGAUAUGCGACGCGAACGGCGUCUUGGGCGACGGACAGAUCUUAAACCCGCUCGUCGCGUUCCCGUACCUGACGCUCGUGAACAACGCCAGCCAGGCGUGGGCGAUGUACUGCCUGAUUCUCUUCUACCGCGCCACUCACGAAGAGCUGGCGCCGAUACGUCCGUUCGCCAAAUUCUGCACGGUGAAGGCGGUCGUGUUUCUGUCGUUCUGGCAGGGCCAGAGCAUCAUGCUGCUGGUGAAGUGGGGGGUGAUCCCGGUCCCGGAGAACGGGAACGUCGCGAAGGGGACCAAGCCAGACGCGGCGGAUUACGAUGCCGCGGACGUCGCGACGGGGAUGCAAGAGUUUCUCAUCUGCGUCGAGAUGUUCUUCGCCGCGAUCGCGCACGCGUACGCGUUCCCCACGAGCGAGUAC